AUGGCUAUGCCAAGAACAUACCAGUUCUUCUUUUUUGUAAACUUUACAACAGUAGACGAGCUGGAGAUGUGGACUAUCAUUAGGUGCGGCUAUGCCAUUGAGAUUGUAUUGUAUGUUGUAUCGCUAUUGCUGCUCCCGGUGAUUCUUUACGUUAUGGACGCUUUGCCGACUUUCCAUCCAAACCUGGCACGGUGGAUUGAAGCACCUCUUCUUUACCUUAUCCCUUUUUCCGUUGCGCGAAUAAUAUUGGUGUCCUACGAAAGCGAAAUCGAAUUCGCUUGGGAAUGGAUGGAACCUCAGCCCACGGCAAUCAUCGUAUGUUCUGUGGUUCGAGGAUUGAUGUAUGCACUGAUGCCAACGACACUCGCUGGCCUACUCUUCGAGCGCAUGUUUGCGACGGUUUUUGCCGCCAGCUACGAAUCCGUGCACUAUCGCGGAUUCUUUAUAUUGUUGACGACGCUGGGCUUCCUUUUCUGCGGCCUUAUAUCGGCGUUAUUCGUAUUCAACAUCAUGUCACCGGGCUUUGCUGCUGCCCUUGGUAGCGUGGGCAGUACGGCGAUUGCUAUCGCCACCCUGGUGGCGGUUCGGAUAAAUCGACAAAAGAUUCGAAAAUUACCAAUGCCUGGCUAUACACUGAGCAAUAAAUAUCAAUUGCGGGAAAACGAGAAAGCCAUGCGGGUCAUCUCCGUCCUUGUAGUCUACGCCUCGAUCGUCAACCUUUCUUUCGGUGUUUUGUUUGUCUUCAAUCGCAUGGAAUUUUCACUUUAUUGGGCGAAUAUUUUUGGGGUUAUGCUGAGCCUGAUCAAUGCCCAAUACGGCAUUUGCAUAAUCUUGCUGACCGCCUUGUCGAACGGCCGGGUUUGGGACGAUAUCAAGAAGCUUCUGCGCAGGAGAUUGCGAUACAUUGGUUCUACGCUGGAGACGGGUAAAAUUAGCUCCCGCGGUGGCGGGAACGAGACAAAAGAGCUCUACCUCGGUGCCAAGACAGAAGACUACUUCUCGCAACUCGAUUCGCAGUGGCAUCCGCCUAGCAAAAACAAGGAAAUAACGCUU